AUGGGUUUCACCAGCUACUCCGGUCCCUCCUCGAGCUUCCCUCCCAUGAGCCAAUGGAAGUCCUUCGAAGAAAUUUUCAAUGCCAACAAGUCUGAGAUGGCUGCCACCGGCGACACCGGCGAGGACAUCGGCCGCAUCUGGAACGCCGUCCUCGAGUGCGCCAAGCUUGGUGUCGAAGAGCGUGUCAUCUUCGCCAUCAUCAUGCAGGAGAGCACCGGCAACGUCGGCGUCCAGACCACAGUCAACGGCGACGGCCAUGGUACUGCCGGCCUUAUGCAGUGUGACGGCAGCCCCGGCUUCCCGGGCCAGCACGGUCUCUCUCAGGACCAAAUCACCUCGAUGGUCCGCGCCGGAACCCAGCACUUCAAGCUGAACCUCCAGGACUUCGGGAACACCGACACGGCCGAUUGUAUCUACAAGGCACUCCGAGAGUACAACUCCGGCUCGGUCAACCCCGACAACCUCAGCGAUGGCAAGGGUGCUACCCCCAGCUACGUCAGUGACAUCGCCAACCGUCUCCUCGGCCGCGCCAACUAA